CGUUAUCUAGAUUAGGGCCAAGGUAAUCUUUUUUAGAUCUUUUGUAUUAUCUGGGAUAAUUUCUGACGGUAAAACAUGGCUAACUUCAGAGAAAAAGUUGUCCUUGUAACAGGAGCAAGUUCUGGCAUAGGAGAAGCCACCGCUAUAAAGUUAGCAGAACAUGGUGCAAGAUUAUUUCUAGUGGCUCUUGAAGAGGACAAAUUGCAAAAUGUACAACAAAAAUGCAUGGAAAAGGGUUUAGUGAAAGAAAAUAUAGCAUAUUGCAGUGGUGACUUAUCUCAAUCUGCCUUCAGGGAAGAAAUUGUAAAGAUCCUGAUACAGAAAUUUGGAAGAUUGGAUAUAUUGGCUGAUAUUGCAGGCUAUGUUAUGUUUUCAAAUGUAAGUAACACUAAGGAAGAGGAUUACGACAGAUUCGUCAAUGUGAACCAGAAGGCGAAAUUAUUCAUGGCACAGCUAUGCUUACCCUAUCUCAAAGAAACAAAAGGUAAUAUAAUCUUCAUGUCAAGUAUCAGAUCCACAAUACCGCAACCGGACAUAGUAGUUUACUGCAUGGCAAAAGUAGCUAUUGAUAUGCUUACAAAAUGUCUAGCCAAAGAAUUAGGUCCUCACGGUGUUAGAGUGAAUGCUAUCAAUCCUGGCUUCAUUGAUGAUACCAAUAUUCUUCGUAAUAGUGCUUUGAAGGCUACAGAUGAAGACCAAAAGAAGUAUGCAGACGAGUCAGCAAAACAAGCACACCUAAAAAGGGCCGGAAAACUAGAAGACGUUGUAUCCCUCUUACUCUUUUUGGCGUCAGAUGAAGCAUCAUACAUUACCGGGAAUAUCAACAUUAUCGAUGGUGGAUUUCAAUUAUACCCUUGAACAAUAGUCUACCAAAUCGAUCUAAUACAAUUCGGACGUCAGACUUCUAGUUUAAUUAACAGUCAUAAUAUUUUUUGCCAGUAUUUUGGCAUUCCCUAAUUAAAAGAUGCAUCAUUUUUAAAAUAAAGUUUGGAAUGGGA